GGUUGACGGUUGCUAGGUGACGGGGCGCAUAUACUGAAUUUUAACAAAAGAACAGGGAAAGAGGGAGAGAGGAGAGAGAGAGGAGAGGAGAGAGGGAGGGAGAGAGGAGAAGAGAGAGAGAUCGGAGGAAUUGAAUACAUGUAGAACAUAUAUAAAUAUAUAUAUAUAUAUUUAGAUAUAUAUUUUUACAGCGUGUGUGUGCGCGCGUGUGUGUGUGUGUGCGCGCGUGUGUGUGUGGCGGCGGCGGCGGCGGUGGGGGGACACCCGCACCCGCAAAACGGAUACCUCAAAAAGGAAGGAUGUGAAAAAGGAUGGAGGGACGCAGGAAAAGAGGGGGGAAAGGCUGGUGAAAAACAGCACCCUCUCUUAGUGCGAUAUAUAUCUGCCUCCCCCCCUCGGCAGGUUGCCAUGGUCGCCAUACCUACUCUCUCUCUCCUAUUGGUCCUGGCAGAGUGGGCAGGUCUGGUGGACGCCUCCCCCCACCUCCUGCUCCGGCCGAGCUCGCGGGAGCGUGACGCAGGGGCCAUGAUGAACUUCAACAUCGCCGUGAUCCACGCCGGUGCCACUGUGCAGGCAGAGGCGGCGGUGGCGGGGCCCGGGGGAAGGGUGCUCUACCCCGGCUUCGGCCGGGUACACGGCUCCCUGGGGGAGAGUGUGGUCACCCAGUGGGGCUCUGCUAACGUCAUCUGGCUACAGGUGAACGACAGCAGUCCAAAGACGGUGCUGUCCCAGCUGUGUGAGCUGCUGGCGGCGCGGCCCCUGCAGGGUUUGGUUUACGAAGAGGAGAGGCCCCCACCCACAGCCUGGGGACCUUUGGCCCCCAUGCUGGAGUUUGUCUCUGCGCAAACAGGACUGCCCAUAGUGGCUGUAGGAGGGGGAGCGGGGCUGGGGAGGAUGCCACAGGAAUCAGGUUCCAUCUUUCUCCAGUUCAGCUCCUCCACUGCACUGCAAUUAGAGGUCAUCUUUGAGGUGCUGGAGGAGUAUGAUUGGACCGCCUUUUCUGUGGUGUCCACCCGUCACCAUGGCUACCAGGACUUCCUGUCCGUGGUGGAGGGCCUGACGGACGGCUCGUUCAUCGGCUGGGAGAAGAAGAGCGUGGUGAUCCUGAACGUGACCGACGACCCCGGGUUGGCGCGCACGCGCAGGCUGCUGAAGGAGAACGAGGCGCAGGUUCGUUUGCUGUACUGCUCCCAGGAAGAGGCCGAGAUGGUUUUCCGAGCCGCCUGGGCAGCGGGUCAGGCCGGCGCCUCGCACAUGUGGUUCGCCGUGGGGCCAGCUCUCUCAGGUUUGGGCAUGGAGAGCCUGCCCCGGGCUUUGUUUGCCGUACGGCCCCAGGGCUGGAGGGAUGAGCCUCGCCGAAGGAUCGCUCGGGGUGUGUCUGUGCUGACUCAUGGGGCAGUGGCGAUGCGCAAGGAAUACGGAACCACGGGAGGGCCAAACUUUGUCACCAACUGCAUGACGGAUGCCAAUCAGACGCAGAGACUGCGAGGCAGGAUGAGGUAUUUCAGCAACAUCACACUCGGUGGUCGGGACUACUCCUUCAACGGUGACGGAUACCUGGCCAACCCCUUCCUGGACGUCAUCUCCUGGACGCCUGGACGCGGAUGGGAAGAUGUAGGCUGGUGGGAGAACGGCGUGCUGAGGCUUCGGUACCCUGCCUGGUCUCGCUACGGGCCAUUCCUUAAACCGCCGGAUGAUGCCCAGCACCUGCGCGUUGUCACACUGGAGGAAAGGCCAUUUGUCAUUGUGGAGCUUGCAGAUCCUGCAUCUGGAACCUGCAUCCGUGACUCGGUUCCCUGCAGACGGCCUCUCAAUGCCAGCGCCAUCCACGAGGGAGUGGCUCCCAUGAAGCAAUGCUGCAAGGGCUUCUGUAUCGACAUCCUCAAGAGGUUGGCCAAGAUUGUUGGUUUCACCUACGACCUUUACUUGGUGACCAAUGGGAAACACGGCAAGAAAAUUGAUGGGGUUUGGAACGGCAUGAUUGGAGAGGUGGUGUACAAGCGAGCGGACAUGGCCAUCGGUUCUCUGACUAUCAAUGAGGAGAGGUCAGAGGUUGUGGAUUUCUCUGUACCGUUUGUGGAGACUGGGAUCAGUGUCAUGGUCUCCCGUAGCAACGGCACCGUUUCUCCAUCAGCUUUUUUAGAGCCCUACAGCCCGGCGGUGUGGGUGAUGAUGUUUGUCAUGUGCCUGACCGUGGUGGCUGUGACUGUCUUCAUCUUUGAGUUUUUCAGCCCCGUGGGCUACAACCGCAGUCUCCAAACGGGCAAGAAGUCUGGAGGAUCCACUUUCACGAUAGGAAAAUCUGUGUGGCUUCUGUGGGCCAUUGUCUUCAACAACUCUGUGCCGGUGGAGAACCCAAGAGGAACCACAAGCAAGAUCAUGGUGCUGAUCUGGGCCUUCUUUGCUGUCAUCUUUCUGGCCUCCUACACUGCUAACCUGGCUGCCUUCAUGAUCCAGGAGGAGUACAUUGACACAGUGUCGGGACUCUCGGACAAGAAGUUUCAGCAUCCCGAGGAGCAGUACCCACCUCUGAAGUUUGGCACGGUGCCCAACGGGAGCACAGAAAAAAACAUCCGCUCCAACUACCCAGACAUGCACCAGUACAUGGGCAAAUACAACCAGAGAGGAGUGGAGGACGCCAUUCUGAAUCUGAAGACUGGGAAACUGGAUGCUUUCAUUUAUGAUGCUGCAGUAUUGAACUAUAUGGCCAGGAAGGACGAAGGUUGUAAGGUGAUGACCAUAGGCUCGGGGAAGGUUUUUGCCACCACAGGCUACGGUAUCGCCCUGCACAAAAACUCACGUUGGAAACGUCCUCUUGACCUGGCUCUGUUGCAGCUGGUGGGAGAUGAUGAAAUUGAGAUGCUGGAGCGCCUUUGGCUGUCAGGUAUCUGCCAUAACGACAAAAUUGAAGUGAUGAGCAGUAAACUGGACAUUGACAACAUGGCUGGGGUCUUCUACAUGCUGCUGGUGGCUAUGGGCCUCAGUCUGCUGGUAUUUGCUUGGGAACACUUAGUCUACUGGAAGCUGCGCCACUGCAUGGCUACAAGUUCUGGCAAAUUGGACUUUCUCUUAGCAAUCAGCAGGGGCAUGUAUAGCUGCUGUAGCUUUGAGGAUGAGACAGCGCCAGGUGGAGCUAAAACUUUGCCCACGCAUCAUCACACUGCAAUGGUUACAGUUCCAUCCCAGUCACAUGUUGUCUCAACAACGAUGUCAAACCCAGCAAUUGCCAUGGCGCAACAGCAGCAACAGUCACAGCAGCAGCAGCCGCAGCCCGUCUACAAAUCGCCUCUGCCAGGCUCUCCUCCCACCGUGGUGCAUUCUGGGACAACACUGGGUCCCUCCAACACCCCGAUUGCAGGUGCACCCCUCCCUUGUUCCACCUUCCUGCCCCGGCCAGAUCGCCGACUGGCAGUGGUGGAUCGCUGGAGGCUGCCCAAAUCUGCUACAACUACCAAUCCAAUGGCUGUAAGGGGGGCCAUUACUGACAUUGGACCUUUUGCUCAGAAAAUCCCACCAAAUUGGGCUUCAACUGCUGGAGGGGGUGGGGGGCUUGAUGGCUAUAAAAGAUACUAUGGUCCCAUUGACCCUGAGGGACUGGGGCCCUGCAUGGAGCAGCAGGCAGGGUCCCAGACCCCCAAGACUAUGCCAAGGGGGGCUGCUAAAACUUUGGGUACUCCCAGACUGCCUCCUAAGAGUCAGGCCCCUCUGCCUCCUACACCCCCGCUGCCACAUCCUUCUCCCCCUCUCCCUUCAUCCUUCUGGAGGAAGCGAAGGCCCAAGAAGCCCAAAGAGCCUGGAGGGCCACUGUACGAGAACAUUCUGCCCUUGGGGCGGAGGGGAGGAGCACGAGAUGGCGUGAGAGAGGGAGGAGGGAGGAGGGCACGCCCCCUCUCUCCCCCGCUCUCACUUCCAGUACCAGUACCCCUCAGCCCCUCCUAUACCCCACCUUCCCCUUCUGCAUCCUUGCACUAUACGUCCUCAUCCUCUUCGUCAACCACGUCGUCCACAUCCACGUCUUCAUCUGCCUCGUCGUCUCGCUCCACCUCUCCCACCUACUCCUACAGCUCAUCCCGGAGCACACGAGACAGGACUGGAGGAAUGGAUGGAGAGGAUGAUGAUGAUGAUGAGGAGCUGACAGAAGAGUCAAGUCUCCUUCUGGGGAGAGGAAGAGAGAGGGAACGCUCAAUCAUCCGGCCUCGUUCCCUCAGUCACGGCCGCCUGCCACCACCCAUACCCCCGAGGAAACCACGCACAUCCUGGGGUGACAGAGAAAGAGAAAGAGAGAGGGAAAGAGGCGGAAGCCAACUGUCUCAACUCCAAGAGUGGUGGGCAAGCUGGAGUGAACGAGAGAGAAGUGGGGCAGGUGGAGAUGCUGACAGGCUAAAAAGGGAAAAGAAGAGAAGAAAAGAAAAAGAGAAAGAGAAGAAGAAAAAGAAAAAGAAUAAAAAGAGGAAAAAGAGGGAAGAAAGAGAAAGAGAGCGUGAAAGAGAGAGAAAACGCAGAAAGGUGAAAAAGAAGAAGAAAAAGGAAGAGCUUCUCCCCCACUGCCACAGCUUCAGCGGGGGGUCUCGACCCAAGCCUUUGCCCCCCAAACCAGAUCCUAGUCAGGCCAAAUCAGGCAGCCAGUCUAACCUCAGCCUCAGCACACAGCCCACAGACCAUCCACCUCAGCCCUCGCCGUCGCCACCCCAGCAGCCAUCCAUGUCUCCCACCUCCCUCCCGAUGCCCAUCCCACCUCCUCCCUCAUCAUCUUCUGUGUCACCACCAGCAGGGGUAGGGAUGGCCAGCCAGGCCCAGGCUCAGGCUUCAGCCAGUGCCAAACUCCAAUAUCAGAGACUGCGCUCUGUGCCACAGCCACGGAGGUUCUACUCUCCCCACCUGCCACUCAAAGCCAAGAGCCUUUGCUCACGUCGAGGGUCGGCCCACUUCUCUAGCCUAGAGAGUGAGGUAUGA